AUGGCCAUCUCGACCAUAUCCUUGCUGGCCGGUUUUGCCUUGCUCGUAGUAAGCGGCUAUUCGCUGAGCCACAUCUCGAGUGACGCGGGAUGGUACCAAAGGUUCCUUCUCUGGCUGCACAUCAUCAUGUAUAUCUUCCUCGGCACGUUUGGGGUGGUAGGACUGGCCGGGGCAAUCAAGCAGCGUUUCAAGCUCAUUGCCGCUUUCUACCCCGUCCUCCUAACGGACUUAACAUUCCAUAUAUCAAUGGGCAUCAUCACUCUUCGGGAUCUGUUCAGCGAUGGUGGGCGCAUUGCGAUUAGCAAAUGUGUCAAGGCGACGACGGAUCAGGCAAUCAAGGACAGGUGUCCAAAUGAGAUUGCUCGCAGGAAGAAGAUGACCAUCCCCUUCUUGAUCGUCUUCUGGAUAAUCCAUGCCUACGGCGUCUUCGUGGUUUAUCAAUAUCAGAAGCAACUGAAGAGACGCGACAACAAGGAGGAGGGGCAGUUCUUGAACAGUGAUAUUGUGGGUUAG